AUGUCUACAGCAGGUUACGAUCGUCACAUUACUAUUUUCUCGCCUGAAGGUCGUUUGUACCAGGUGGAAUAUGCGUUUAAGGCAGCCAACCAACCUAACUUGAAUUCGAUAGCAGUUAGAUCGCAGUCAUGUUCUGUGGUAAUCAGCCAGAAGAAAGUGCCAGAUAAACUUUUGGAUCCCAAGACUGUGAGCUACAUCUUCCCUGUGGCUCGUCACAUUGGAUUCUGUGCCACUGGGCCGAUUCCAGAUGCUAGAAACAUUGCAUUGAGGUGCAAGGCUGAAGCGAGCGAGUUCCGUUACAAGUACGGUUACGAUAUUCCAUGUUCUGUGCUAGCCAAGAGAAUGGCCAAUCUAUCGCAAAUAUAUACACAGAGGGCAUACAUGAGACCAUUGGGUGUUAUUUUGACGUUUAUAUCCUACGAUGAGGAAACCGGGCCUGCUAUUUUCAAGUGCGACCCUGCCGGAUACUAUACAGGGUACAAGGCCACGGCUACAGGACCAAAACAACAAGAAUUGAACUCAACAUUGGAGAAGCACUUCAAGAAGCUGGGGAGCGAUAAACUGGAUGAAGAUAGCUGGGAGAAAGUUGUUGAGUUCGGUAUCACCACCCUUAUCGAUUCGCUAGGAACCGAUUUUGGUAAAAACGACCUUGAAGUCGGUGUUGCAGUAAAGGACAAGUUCUUCACUCUAACAGCAGAAGAAAUCGAGGAGAGAUUGGUCUCUAUCGCCGAACAAGAUUAG